AUGGCGGCACAAAUUGAAGCUGAACCUGAGUUGGAUGUUGGGAACGACACGGAGAGUAACUUUAGUGCUGAUAGGGCCCCCAACGACGAGGCGCAACUCGAAGCACUUGAUCUCAUCCAUCACUGGUUGACAUUGAUGCUCGACGACAAACUCUUCCUUGCUCCCAUCGGCGAUAACCCUCAGAAAAUCCUCGACAUCGGUACAGGGACCGGAAUCUGGGCUAUAAACGUAGCAGACGAAUACCCAUCAGCCAGCGUUAUUGGUACAGACAUCACGCCAACCCAGCCAAGCUUCGUUCCCCCAAAUGUCGAGUUUCAGAUCGAUGAUGCUCAACUCGAAUGGACCUUUGAACCUGAAUCUUUUGACUUUAUCCACAUUCGAUAUCUUCAGGGCACCAUUGCCGAUUGGGAUAGGUUGUAUGGCCAGAUGUUCAAGGCUCUCAAGCCAGGUGGUUGGUUUCAGCACAUAGAGCCCGAUCUUCAAAUGCUUUCCCAAAACCCCGAGAUCAAAGUCGACGACGAGCAGUACGCAUCCCUCCCCCCUCCCCUUCUUUUCACAAAACUUAACAAAGUCAGUAUCUUCACACGCUGGGCAAAAAUCUUCACCCAAGUCGGCGACACAAUCGGCUGCACAUUCGACUUCUCCAACGGCAAGCUCUCAACCCUCGCCAAAGACGCCGGCUUCGUAUCCGUAACUCCGCAAACGCACAGAAUCCCUGUUGGGCGCUGGCCAAAGGAUAAGAAAAAGAAAGAGCUCGGUACUUUUGUGGGAUUGUCGUUUAGCCAGGCGCUCGAUGGUUUUGUGAAAUUACCGCUUUGUGAGAUUCUUAAGUGGUCGCCCGAAGAGAUGCAGCUUUUUGCGGCGGAGAUGAGAAAGAUUCUUAUGAAUCCUAAGACGCAGGCUUAUGGUCAUGUGUAA